AUGCACAAUUACCUGGAUGAUUGGUUAAUUCCGGAGACGUCACAGACGGCAUGUCUCGUGGGCGUGGAGUUCGUGAUCGACAUGAUUCUCCGAUUGGGGUUUAUUCCCAAUUGUGUCAAGUCGGAAUUAGUGCCAACGCAGGUUUUCUCUUAUCUCGGGGUGGUUUUCAACCUUGUGGAGGCGUCCGUUCUUCCAACGGAUUCGCGACUUCACAAUUUCAUGAUGUUGGCACAACGUCUUCUGGUGGAGCAAAGUGCGUCAGUGUGCACGCUCCAUGUGUUGAUAGGCCAUCUCGAAUCGCUGGCGGCGAUGAAUGUGCGGUUUAGACAGUUCAAGAGACCGCUUCAAUGGCAUUUGUCCCGAGUGUGGGAUGGUCUCAGCUGGGAUUUGGUGAUACCAUUGGGGCCUUGGUUCAUUCUUCCGAUCCAAAAGUGUCUAGUGGACAAGUGGAUGUGGACGCCUUCAGAGAGGAGUUGUCACAUCAACCUGUUGGAGAUGGAAGCAGUGCAUCGUGCUUGUCUCCAUUUCAGGACUGUUAUUCGACAUCGUCGAAUUUUGUUGAGGUUGGACAACACGUCGGUUGAGAUUCUGGAAUGGUGCGAUGAUUGGGGAGUGGUGUUAUCGGCCAAACACAUUCCUUCAUCCGUGGACGUCUUGGCGGACUCUUUGAGUCAUCGUUCCCCAGUUCAGACGGAGUGGAUGUUGCACCGGACGGUGGAUUAUCGAGUUCUUCAGUUGUGGGGGAGUCCUCAACUCGAUAUGUUUGCCACUCGCCUGAACAGUCAGUUGUCAGUGUUUGUAUCGCCGGUAACAGACCCACUGGCACUGGAGUACGAUGCGUUGAGCAUGGACUGGACGGGACUGGAUUUUUAUGCCUUUCACCCUCCGGUUCUGCUUGGCAAGGUUCUGGCAAAGAUCAGACAGCAACCUUGUCGUGUCACGCUCGUAGCCCCGAGUUGGGCAGCUCAAGCCUGGUUUCCUCCGCUCCUGUCACUUUUAGUGCAGGAGCCAGUGCGGUUGCCAUUGAUACCUGAUCUGCUCAAUCAGAGACUGUGUCGGACAGAGUGGCAUCCGAAGCCUGAGGUUUUCCGACUUCACGCAUGGUGGUUGUCGGGGUUUCCCUCCGAAACCGAGGCUUUUCUAAACGGGUUGCAGACCUCGUCUCCUCUUCGAAGCGCCAGUCUACGGAGAGGGUCUACCUGA